ACACACAGACAUGUACAUAUACACACACACAUGCACAGAGACACAUGUAUACACACACAGGCACGUACAGACACGCAGACACAUGUACAUGCAUACACAGACACACACAAUCACACACACACACCCCCUAUAAAAAGUUUGCAGUACUUCAUUUUUCACUCACAGAGCCAGGUACUGCACUCUAGGGGGAGGCAGAGAGCACAGCACACACUCCUUCCUUUGCUUUCACUGCGCUCAGCUAUUGAGUGACAAUGACAGAUCCGGCCAGAGCUCCGAGCCUGCUCAGCAAGAUGGCCCUGAGGGACACACUCGCCCCCACCAUAAUUUCCACUCGCCAUUGGCGAACAGGCGAGUGGAAAUUUCAAGACCUGUGCCCAAGCA